CAUGUAACAGCGCGACAAGAAGAAGAUUUUCACCCAAACGAUUGAGCUCACUUCGAAGAAGCCGUUCUCCAUGGAGCCUGUUCUGAUGACAUCUGGCCCGUACGCUGGACGCCACGUUCUUGUGCUGCAGCCAGAGCCUGACGAGCACGAGGUCUUCCCCUUCCUGAGACUCCCUGCUGAGAUUCGCAACAUGAUCUACUCUCUCGUCCUAGAACGUCCCGGACACAAGCUCUACAUCUAUGGCAAGAACUCCGGAGUCAUCAACACCCUGUGGCUCCGAGAUGACGGCGCUCCGAGAGUCCAGCAGCACUAUAGCAGCAGUCUGAUGCGCGUCAACAAGCAAAUCAACGUGGAGUCGAUACCCUAUCUGUUCAGUCGCCACACUUUCGACUUCUCUGAUAGCACAAUGAUGCAGAAGUUCCUGGAGCACAUUGGUCCGGAACGCAUCCAAUCGUUAGUUGCUGUCCACGUGCAGAAACAGUUCCGAACCACGAUGAGAAAGGCUUACCAACUGCUGUCCCCCGCCGUGUCUCUUUCUGAGCUGAAGCUCUUCAGCUCUCUGUACCACCCCUACUACAACACAGCAUUCUUGUGGCCAAAUGCCUUGCUACCGUUGGUUCAGGCCUGGUGCACUGAAGGAGGCAGAAGUCGCGAGGAUGUCAUGAGCAUCAUCUCAAUGCCAGGCGCGGUCCGCGGAUUUUGUGAUCAACACGGCUCCUUCUGCAAUAAGCAGCUCACAGUCUGUGUUCAGAAGGAGUGUGCUUACGACGAAUUCUAUAAGGAGCUCAGAGAGGAGAUCUUCAAGUCAAUGGACCUGGUGGAGGCAAAGAAGCAGGCUAUCAAGAGCGGCACGCCUGUGAAGACGAGAGCUGGUCGUAAGACCAAGGCCAUCGACUAUUCGGGCAUGUGUGGCGACGAGGACGAGAAUUGAUGGUAGAUCAACUUCGACGCACGAAGUUGAUGUAGAGCAAGGAUUGCCACUCGCGACUCAUUCAUACAUUGCUGUAUCAAAUAGAUAGCUGAAUCAAGGCACAAUUAUUUCUAUGCUUGCAGUGGUGUCAUCGAGAUGCGUCGUGAAGUCAACUUGUGCCUUGAAUCGGCUACAAGUGCGACGGUAUUGCACACA